AGAGUCAAGUGUUUUGAGUUACAGGCGUGGUCACAGAAUGAAUUUAAAAUCGUAUCUCAAGGCACAACUGUAUUUUAAUAACAUUAAAAAAACAAAGAAAUAUAGAUAAAGUACAUAUACUCACCAGAGGGCAUAAAAAAUUCACACGCAUCGAUGUGUGCAUAUCACUACAGACCUUUUGCUAGUCCAAGUUGGCUGCAGCAAUUUUUGCGCUGACCAACCAAUCAGAGGAGAGAAAAGGUUCAGCUUGCUGGCCCUGUGAGGGCAAAUUUGAAAUCUGAUUGGUUAAGGAAAAAGUCCCAUUGCCAAUAUAGUUUUAAGUUUCGUCGGCCAACGCUACUGAUUCCGAAGGCUCUGGGUCGAUUACAUUGACGUGGCAACACGCAGAAGAUGAAAUCUGAUUGGACAAAAAAAAUCCAACAUCCACAUAUGCGCACUGGAAGCAGUGUAGCCAAGAGAAACACUACAAAAUGAAGACAGUAGCCUGAUGGGAAUAGAUUAAAUACCAUUUCAAGUAACAACAAUUGUAGGUCAGUGCUUCUGUUGGUGUUGAGUGUAGCGGAGAAGUCCCUGACCGCUGACCACUGCUAUUUAGAACAUCACGGGGGGGGGCACCGUGCGCUAUGUUUAGAAGUCCAGCCUCGAUCGGGACAACAAUGUGGCCGUCCAACUUUCAACAGCAUUCCUUCCACCUCUUGUCCGAUGUGUGAGCUUUCAGUCAGGGAGUAUUUUAAGCAGUGAAGCGGCAGAAGCAAGAGCGCACAACGGGCGCGUCAUGGCGGGCGACAUGAUGAUGCUGAUGCGAGGCUUGGCUAAGCUGAGCAAGGCCGUCGUGGAGACGCAGGGCGGUGCCCUACGUGGCGGGACAGGCCUUCCCGGUGUCGGUGCUGCUGUCCAAAAUUUCCAAUCGGCCGCUGAGCAAGGCAUCGAGCAAGGCAUCGCCAUGGUGGUGACGAAAGCACAGGAGCUGAGUCCGCAACAGGCCUCCCCCGACUCAGAGUUUCCUCAGGGCGACCUUUCCACAUCAGAGUUCAGCGAGUACGACGACUUUUUGGCCAAUCACCAGGCGGGCGCUAACGAGGGCGCGUGCAAUCGGAGCGCGGCGGGCGGGACGAAGAGCUCGCCGUUCGCCGGCUACAAGGAUCCUUCGCGGGAGUUCGGCAGCAGGCGGUACCACGUCGCCGCCCGCCGCCAGCGUCAUGCGGCGCUGGCGUGCGGGUGGCGGGGCUACCACCAGGAGCCGUCGUCGUCCGUUGGCGGGCUGACGGCCGAAGACCUGGAGAAGGCCCGGCAGAGCAAGAGGCCCGACGUCAAGCCGCACAAACAGAUGUUGAGCGAGAGAGCCCGCGAGAGAAAAGUGCCCGUGACCCGCCUGAGCAGACUCGCCAACUUUGGAGGUUUGGCCGUCGGCUUGGGUAUCGGAGCCUUGGCAGAGGUCGCCAAGAAGACCAUCAGACAUAACGACGCGGCGGGAGAGAAUAAAAAGGCCGUGCUGGACUCGAGUCCCUUCUUGUCGGAGGCCAACGCCGAACGCAUCGUGAGGACUUUGUGUAAAGUGCGAGGGGCGGCGCUCAAGCUGGGACAGAUGCUCAGUAUUCAAGACGACGCCUUCAUCAAUCCGCAGCUGGCCAAGAUAUUCGAGCGUGUGCGGCAGAGCGCCGACUUCAUGCCCAUCAAGCAGAUGACGAAAGCGCUCAACGGCGACCUGGGCCCCAACUGGAGAGACAAGCUGGAGUCCUUCGAGGAGCGGCCCUUCGCCGCCGCCUCCAUCGGGCAAGUCCACUUGGCCAGGCUCAAGGACGGCCGGGAGGUGGCCAUGAAAAUACAGUAUCCCGGUGUGGCCCAAAGCAUCAACAGCGACGUCAACAAUCUGAUGACCGUACUGAGCAUGAGCAACGCGCUGCCUGACGGUCUGUUUCCAGAGCACCUGAUAGACGUGAUGAGGAGAGAGCUGGCGUUAGAGUGCGACUACAUCAGAGAGGCGCAGUGUGCCAAGAAGUUUAGGGAGCUACUGAAGGAGCACCCGUUCUUCUACGUCCCGGAGGUGAUCGAGGAGCUGAGCAGCAGCCACGUGCUCACCACGGAGCUGGUCCCCGGCUUCCCCCUGGACCAGGCCGAGGGCCUCCCGCAGGAGCUCAAGAACACGAUCUGUGAGAACAUCCUGAAGCUGUGCCUCAGAGAGUUGUUUGAGUUCCGCUUCAUGCAAACCGACCCAAACUGGUCCAACUUCCUGUACGAUCCACAGACGCACAAGGUGGCGCUACUGGACUUUGGAGCCACCAGAGGAUUCGAUCAAAGUUUCACAGACGUCUAUAUCGAAGUGAUCCGCUCGGCCGCUGAGGGCGACCGAGAAGGAGUUCUGAAGAAAUCCAUCGAGAUGAAGUUUCUUACCGGUUAUGAGUCCAAGGCUAUGGAGAACGCGCACGUGGACGCGGUGAUGAUCCUCGGCGAGGCCUUCGCGUCGCCGGACACGUUCAACUUCGGCGCGCAGUCGACCACGGAGCGCAUCCACAACCUGAUCCCGGUGAUGCUGCGCCACCGCCUGACGCCGCCGCCCGAGGAGACUUACUCACUGCACCGCAAGAUGGGCGGCUCCUUCCUCAUCUGCUCGCGCCUGGACGGCAAGCUGCGCUGCAACGACAUGUUCCAGGAGGCUUACCGGCGCUACUGGCUGGGCCGCACGCCGCCCGUUUGAUGCACCGUUCCCCGGAACAAUCGCAAAAAGAACCACCGAGUGAGGUUUGAAUGCGCACGAACGUCGUGUUGGAGGCCAAAACUGCGGACAAAAAGCACCCAAAGCGACUGUAACACGGUUGGCAUUUUAACAAUGUUUUAUUUUUUUAUUUUUACCAGCCGAUCAGGGUUAAAGGCGCUCAUCAGGAGGAUGAUGAUGAUGACGAUGACGAUGAUUGAUGAUGUAGUCGUAUAAGGUUAGUCUGUCAGUGUGGACCAGGACCAUAAGUGUCUUCUUCUUGUUUCUGCUUUAGAUGGAGACCAGCUAGCAACACAAACGAACGUAAAAAAUAAAUCAUGUUUUAAAAGUAAUCGAAUACUGGAAUAAUUUAUGUCCACGUAGUUUAUAAUCCUUAUUUUUGUCCUUGCUGCUGUUGAUGGCGUUUUAGUUUAGUUGGGAGACUUUUAUUCUUGUUUUUUGCCGGUCAGUUUUAUGAAGCUCAGGGUGAUUUUACCACGUUACCUUUAACAAGAAAUUUACAAAAAUAUCCUUUUUGUGUCUGUUUUUUUUUUUUUCCUGCUCUGUCCAUGUAUGUGGAUUCCACUUGAUUAAAAUCAAAACGUGUUUGCUG